UAUUACGUCCUGUCAAGCGAAACCAAAAGCCUUUACUUUUUUAUAGUACUAUCAAUCACCAAAAAAAAUAAUUAAAAAUGGGAGAUAGCAACAAUCAAACAACGCAUUUUGUUUUGAUCCAUGGUAUAGCUUCAGGAGCUUGGGCAUGGUACAAGGUGAGGACAAUGCUAGAGGCAGCUGGCCACUCUGUCACAGCCCUUGACAUGAGUGCAUCAGGGGUGAACACAAAAACACUGGAAGAAGUUGUUACUUUUGAUCAGUAUAAUGAGCCCUUGAUCGAGUUCAUGGCCAGCUUAGCUGAAAAUGAAAAGGUUGUAUUGGUGGGUCAUAGUCUAGGUGGCUUAAACGUGGCUUUUGCUAUGGAGAAGUUCCCAGAGAAGAUUUCUCUAGCUGUUUUUGUUACAGCAUUCUUGCCUGAUACCGAGCACCGGCCAUCGUAUAUGUUAGAGAAGUUUAUUGAAAAUAGCCCAGCCGUGGCAGACGGGUGGCAGAGUGUAGUGUCAACCACGGGAGAUGAGGCAUUCAUGAGGUCCACUGCUUUUAACCUUGCCUCCCCUGAGGAUCUCAGUCUCCAAACGCUUUUACAGAGAUCAGGAUCAUUGUUUCUUGAAAGUCUGGCCAAGGCAAACAAGUUCACGAAGGAGAAAUUUGGAUCGGUUGUGCGAGAUUAUGUUGUUUGUACUCAAGAUUUAUUGGUGGUUCCGUCAUUGCAGCGCUUCAUGAUUGAACACAACGAGGUUAAGGAAGUGAUGGAGAUUCCAGCAGAUCAUAUGGCAAUUGUUUCUAGGCCUAAAGAACUCUGUCAAUGUCUUCUGGAGUUUGCACGCAAGCAUGCAUAG